CUUCAUUAGGUAGAAAAUAUUUUUGUUUCAAGAAUUCUCACUGGAGAAAAUGAAAGUUCUCGGCUUGUCACUUUUAUUUUUCGGAUUUCUGCAUAUCAACGCUUUGAUAUUGGAAUGCAAUUUCAGUACGGUUACGUGGUCAUUGAUAGGAUCUGUUUACACUUGUACUGGAGCUAUUCAGAAUAUUACAGACAACAGAAAUAUUUCAGAUGUUAUAGGAAACCACACAGCUGAUUUCAAUAAUUCAAAUGUUCAAGCAGUGGCAAUAGCCGCACAAAAUCUUUCGAAUGGAAUUCCAUUGAAUUUCGACAUGUUCUUUCCAAAUCUCACAGUUCUAAGUUUUUCAAAUGUGGGAUUAACAUCAGUUUCACGUUCGGAUAUUUCACCAUAUUUGAGCCUACAACUUUUGAUUUUAUUUAACAAUCAGUUGGAAUCACUUGAAGGGGAUUUGUUUUCGGAUACGCCCAUGCUGCAAUAUAUAAACUUAAAUUCAAACAGAAUCAGACACUUAGGACCAAAUAUAUUUGCACCUUUAGUCAACUUAAGAACACUUCGAAUGCAGAAUAAUGUUUGUAUUAAUGAUUAUGUCGAUAACAAUACGACGGGAAUAUCUUCGUUGCAAUGGGAAGCUUCAUUUCGAUGUCCAUCAUCGUUUGAACAAUUAGAACAAAAUAUUUUAAAUGGAGAAAAUUUUGGAAACAUCAUUAAUCAACUAUUUGAUCAAAUUUCAAUUCUCGAAGAACGAGUUUCACAGUUGGAGAACCGAAACAUGACUAUGGUUGAGUAAAAAAAGCCACUUUGUUACUGAAAACUCAUAAAUAUUAAUGUAGACACAAAGUGGAUAAAAUUGUUUAAGUUUAAAAGAAGAAGUUGUCUCAAGUAAUUGCCAUUUUUAACAUUUAACAUAUUGUGCAUCAACAUGCAAUGAGAGAAUUAUAACAAUUAAUAAAGGAAGGAUGUUAAAAUU